CAGAAGUGGGAGGCGAACAAGGAAAGUGGGAAAAGGCGGAGAGAAACUAAAAGGGGGAAAAGAAAGAGAGCAGAGAAUCCUUUCCUUUGCCGUUUUGCUUGUUGGUGGGUCGGAAAUGGAGAUCUGGGAAAGGAGAGAAAGGAAUGAAAGUUGUAGGACAAGCUCCGGGGAGAAAGCGUGGGCGAUCCGAAGACGAAGUGGGCAACAAACACGCAAAUUCUUUCUCUUUCUUUGACCAAGCCCCUUCCUCUCGCUUGUGUCUCAACUCUCAUCAUUAUUAUCGCAAUUUUCUUUCCCACUAAUACUACUACAAUAUCCGAAUUAUAAAAAAAAAAGUGUUAUUUUUAAUGUAAACGGUGCAUAAAUAUACAAUCA